UCAUUCACUCGUCAUAUGUACCGGGAUUAGCGUAUACAUAUGCGCGUUCUCGUGAAGUCGCCUGGCAUAGUGAUAUGAUCAAGUAUCACCUCUCCAAAACUUGCAACAUCUAUGGUGCCAGAUUUGGUACUAGUUGUGGUCUCCUUUUUAUCUCGAGUAAAUAUGGGCAUUGAAGAACAAGUGAAGAAGAACCAAAGGGAAUUCCAAUUUUGUAUUGUUUUUUUAUUAGGAGGACCAGAGGAUGAGGAUAACACAGAGUUCCUUUGAGGCACACAGAAACAACAGCUGAUUUGUGAGCGCGUAAGUAGAGUCUACUUACUGUCGGCCCCUUGCAAAGAGAGACCUCUGCUCUGUUACUUGGGAGCUGACGAUACGCUAGCAUCGUGCACGGAUUUGCCUCACUGGGUAUUCGGUGAACAGAGCGGACGGAAGGGAUGGCGCACUGACAGGCGACCAGAGCAAGUCCUCACAGCUCCGACAACCGCCGCCCGUGUUUUUAUGGAAGUCCCACGCGUGAAUAGCGGACAUAAACACCCCGAAUGAAGCCGGGAAGUGGUUGACUUGGAUAAUCCGUCUCCCUUUCCUUUCCCUGUUGGAGGAGAACAGUAAAACUACAAUUUAAAAAAAAUGUUCACCGGGCCACAGUCCGUCCCUUAUUAGGGUUAUUUUGCUUCCGGUAUCAGAAGAAACGAGUAGUUUUCUCUCUCCCACACUUUUUUUGGAAGCUGAACUUUUUUAGAGUUGAAAAUGGGUAUUUGAGACUGUUGGCACAUUUCCCUGCUCCACAAUGGCCACCGAAACCUUUCUGGUGAAUGAAGACCCCUCCAGAGGUCCUGGGAUGCCUGAAUGCUUUGUAGUAUCAGAUUCCUACAGGUAUUGCACUACUCACCUUCUAAACAAUCCAUUAGUGGAUGAAUUUCAUCCCUUCAUCGAGGCCCUUCUCCCCCAUGUCCGUGCCUUCUCCUACACCUGGUUCAACCUGCAGGCACGCAAACGCAAGUACUUCAAGAAGCACGAGAAGAGGAUGACAAAGGAUGAAGAACGCGCAGUGAAGGACGAGCUGCUGGGUGAGAAGCCCGAGAUCAAGCAGAAGUGGGCGUCGCGGCUGCUGGCCAAGCUCCGAAAGGACAUCCGGCCCGAGUUCCGUGAGGACUUUGUGCUCACCAUCACAGGCAAGAAGCCCCCCUGUUGUGUUCUCUCCAACCCCGACCAGAAGGGCAAGAUCCGCCGUAUCGACUGUCUCCGCCAGGCCGACAAGGUGUGGCGGCUGGACCUGGUGAUGGUCAUCCUGUUCAAGGGCAGCCCCCUGGAGAGCACGGACGGAGAGCGGCUGGUUAAGUCGCCCCAGUGCGCGAACCACGGCCUGUGCGUCCAGCCCCACCACAUCGGCGUGUCUGUCAAGGAGCUCGACCUCUACCUGGCCUACUUCAUCCACUCACCAGAAUCCGGACAAUCAGACAGCUCAAACCAGCAAGGAGACACAGACAUCAAGCCACCGCCCAAUGGGCACUUGAGUUUCCAGGACUGCUUUGUGACUUCAGGGGUGUGGAACGUGGCCGAGCUGGUCCGAGUGUCACAGACUCCAGUGGCCACAGCGUCCGGCCCCAACUUCUCCCUGGCCGACCUGGAGAGUCCCGGCUACUACAAUAUCAACCAGGUGGCCCUGGGACGACGCUCCAUCACCUCCACCCCCUCCACCAGGACUGAAAUGGAGCUUUAUGCAAGUCUCCCACGGAGCUCCAACAAGCGCAAGUCCAUUGACGACAGUGAGAUGGAGAGCCCGGUGGACGAUGUCUUCUACUCGGGCCGCUCCCCUGCGGCCGGCAGCAGCUCCCAGUCCAGUGGCUGGCCCAACGAUGUGGACGCAGUGCAGCACCAUUUGGCCAGUGUGCAAGAGAGGAAGAUAAAGCAUGAAAACGAUGGCGUGCAGUUUCCUUACCAUGGACUCUCCUCGCCUGGUUCUCUUAAGAAGCCGGGGAAAUUCGAUUUCAGCGCCCUGUCGCAGCAGACGAGGUCGCCUCGCAUGGUGUUCACCCACCACCCGCUGCCAAUGCUGGCGGGAGUGAGACCAGGGAGCCCCCGUGCCUCAGCGUCUGCCCUGCACUUCCCCUCCCCCUCCAUCAUCCAGCAGUCCAGCCCGUACUUCACCCACCCCACCAUUCGCUACCACCACCAUCCUGGGCAGGACCCCCUGAAGGAAUUUGUGCAGUUUGUCUGCGCUGAUGGCUCGGGACAGUCUGGCGGCCAGCCAAACGGGAGCGGCCAGAGCAAAAUGCCGGGCUCCUUCUUGCUGCCUCCACCUCCCCCAGUGGCCCGCCCAGUGCCCCUCCCCAUGUCCGACUCUAAAUCCAGCAGCACGCCUCCCGACGGCGGACUGACCUCGCCCACAUCUCCGUCUUACUCCACGUCAGGGGCCCCAGCUCCCAACAGGUUUGUCAGCAUCGGAUCACGGGACAACAACUUUCUGAACAUCCCUCAGCAGACACAGUCUUGGUUCCUCUGACAUGACCUGUCUGCAAACCAGCGACUAGAAUCUUUCUUUACAAUUGGGAAUUGAAACAUGGAAAACAGAAAAAUAACCCACAGGAAAUUGCCCAACGAUCCUUAUGUCUCACAUAAAAAGUAAAGCAACCCAGGAAAUCUUAGCAUGAUACUAGUAGUGAACUCUGGACCCAAUUACCUAAACAGACGGAACCCCCCAUUUUUAAGACGGGAGGAUCAUAGGAUUUGGGAGAGGCAGAGGACAAGAAGUCAUCUCUCACAUCCAGCAAAACACGGCAACACAAAAGAGGAACCUGAAGAGAAAAAAGGUCACAUUCUACUUCGGAACAAGGACACAUUGUGCAAUGGCUGAGAAAAGCAACUAUUCAACAGUCAAAAAAACUGAUGUAGGAGUGGGGAUUGAAAUUGAAGGGACAUCAAAUCACUCUCUUGAAGGCACAAAACACGCCAUCAUUUAAAUGCGGUACGUUCCUCACUGUCAAAUCACCCACAAAACAAACCCAUUAGGUUCCAGUGAAAUACGUAGCAGUCCAUGCUACUGUGAUGUCUCCCUGUCACUCAACACACUGUCAAUUCACCAAUAUUUCCCAGUCUUAUAACCAUUGACCUAAUUAGCCCCACUACUAACAAGACAGAAACCAUGCCAAAACAUUUCCUAAAGGUUGCACUACAAGCUGAAUUAACACUAAUCUCAUGUCCACUAUUACACCUACAUGGCAUGGGGGGGAACAGGCUUACCUAUGAUUGUAUUAUUAUUAUUAGUGAAAGAGAAAAAAAAUGGAUAUGAGAAGUCUCAGCCCACAGUUCAGCAACACAAGGCCUCCACUUUAACCAGCAUCCCAGCAGAAGAACCCAAACCCAAGUAAAGCAAAAUGCCCAGUUCACUCUUGCAAAACUACAACUGUGACAAUAAUCAAGUGCUAAGUAUAUCCACUUUCAUUUGAAUGAUGAAUGCCAUUUGUAACAUACAUACAUAUAUAUAUAUAUACACACACAAACCGGGCCCAAGUGGUGUUAUUACGUCUAUGACACAUGCUAUUCACACGUUUCCAGUACACUCUUUUUGCCCCUUGUAGUAGACAACACACAUACUUAGUUAAAAACACAGGCCUCUGCUUUAACAUCCAGAACUACACAGCUGUAGUAGUAAUAUUCCCUUUUGCACAGAAUUGUUUUAUUUUUUGUUUCUUCUCUUAUUGGACUUGUCCCUCUGAAUUUGUCCGCUUUAUAAAAUGUUGUGUUUGAAUGACAGCACCUUAUUGAGAAAAACAGUGGUUGGGAGCGAGACUUCGAGUGGUAUUGCCAGGAAGGGUGAUUCAGUCAGUGUUCAAUACCAUGUAGUGAAACAGUGACAUUAGGUUGCUGAGGGCCCAGAGCCCACCUCCCUCCCAUCUCCCCAAAGUUGACCCUUUUUGUUUACACUCCCAGACUGCCCCUGUUCCAAGAGCAGAGAGCCACGCUGCGGAGCAAAAUAAUGAUGUGACAUAUUUCUUCCCAUGUUUGGGAAGCAGAGCCUGGGUUGAAGUCAGAGGUCAUAUUGAGAUGGCAGGGUGCUAUGGUCGCCUCUUUUCCCUGACACGAUCUCUGCUCUCCAUCCUAUCCAGCCUGUUCAUUCUGUUCAGUCAGCCCUUAUAGAUCAAACUGCCCUAAAGAUACUUGACCAGACAAAAGUUCAACCUUUUGAAAUCAAGAGGGACAAAUUAAAUGAACACACUUAGCACAGCUCCACUUGACAAACUCGCAUGCAAACUGACAGUAUAAGUAGCAGUUACAACCACCCAGGCCAGAUUGACUGUAAAGGGAAGACGUAACAUGGCAAUCUCUGAGGAAACCUUUUGUUUUUAAUCAUUCACUUUUUAUUGGAAUUCCUAACAUUACUACGAUUCAGUUUGAAAGUGAUCUUUUUUUAUUAAGGAACAUCAGCUCAAAUCACCAACCUCACAAAAUAACUGGACUGCCUGGUCAUGUACUUCACUGCAGGGAAACAAUGUUGCCAGAUGGCAACCAUCUCAUCAGCUUGAUAGAGAACUAGCACUGCUGAAUAAGAAUUAUGAUGGCUAUGGUGAUUUCUUUUCUAAUCUAUGGAAGUGCCUCUGUCCCAUUAUGCAAUUUGUUAAACGUGAAUUCAGGUUCUUUUUCUCACAUAUAAGCUAUAGUGAAUGGUGGUGAAAUGCUAUGUCUGGGGAGAAAAACAGUGACCGCUCACUGAAUAAUUGCAAUCUUUAUAUAUAUAUACACACAAAUAUUUAUAGAUAUAUACAUUUUUUUAUUUGCAAAAUAAGCUCUGUGGCAGUCUAGUUAUUUUUUGAAGCAUGGCACAGUCAAUUGAUGCAUCUUAAAUAUCUGAUUAGAGCAAAAGUACCAGUCCCUAUACACACAUCUAAUGGCAUAAAGUGUCCAUGGCAAAUACUAUAGAUAGAUGAUUUAUAUAGCAAACAGUAAAGUGACGUGGUCAAGGGAAAUAACGGAUUCGAUUUUGGUUAUAAUUUUUUUGGGGGGGGAGUAUUGUUGUUGAAUAAAAAUGUAUGUGUGUUGAUUGAGCCAUGUGCAAUGCCUUGGGUAGAUAAAUUGUGUUUGUCUGUUAGAGAUUGUUAGAGGGUGUCACGAGAAAAGAGAGGCUAAACCCUCUAUUUUUUUGUUUUAAGUCCACUAGCCCCGGGACUCUAAACACGAGGGCAGAGAAAAAAAAUCCCAGUCUUUGUAAAUUGAAAAUGAAUUUUCAUUUUUUUCCUUAUUCAUUUAAAAAAAUGUAUUUGUAAUGAUUUGUUUUCUAAAUCUGGGAGGGCUGAAGGAACAAUUUAGCAAAACAAAAAUAUAUAUCACUAAAUGAAACAGGUGCUUUUUACGAAAUAAAGUACAUUCAAACUCUUAUACAUAAAGAACAUUUUAGGAAACAUGCAUUCUAUUUCUCUUUUUGUAUUUACCAAGGGGGGAGGGGUUCAUUAUAUGAAAAAGUUGUGAUAAAAGCAUUUUUCUUCAACCUUUAUCCCAGAGCAGGAAGAUAACUUUUGUUUGAUUAGAUGGUUAUCCUGACAAUGGGAUGAUGAACUAGUGGAAAAGGCCUGACGUAAUGGACAUCUGGGCCAUGUCAGUAUCACCAGAGAACCGACUAAAACAUGACCUAUUUAACAGAUGAAUUGCAACUUGCAUCCAAUUUUCUAAACUGUGGACAUGUUUAAAACUGGACAACCGAAGUAAUCAAGUUUGGAACACAGACAAGAUCUUCCCCAUUUUGGGAGAUGCAUCAGAAAUGGAAUCCAUUUUUCUAAGUGUUAGCUCAACCACAAAGUGAUUAAUAGCAUUUGGAGAGAUGGGAGGUGUAACGCGAAAUACAUUUUGGUAGAUUUAGUUAAUUCCUAUCUCAAACCCAAACAAGGCGAGGGAGUGUAAGGUAUAUUUUGAGCACAGCAAGGAUGAGAGCAGGAUUAAAUCAAAGAAGUGAACCCUUCCCCCUUCCACUCCCAAUCCGCAGUGUAAAUUAUUCUAAAUAUUUGUUUGGUGUUCUAGUGUUAGAAUCAGAGCAUCUUAAAGGUUGUCCCUAAAAAGUGCCUUUUGUUCAGACUCCAUCUUGUAAUCCCGAGUGCCCGUCUCAAAAAAGUCCCCUCCUUCAUAUUUCUUCUAUAUCCUCUCCUUCAAGCUUUUCAAAGCAGUAUAUAUAGUACUAAAGGAAAUUGGUGUGAUUUAGUUAUUUUUAUUGUUGAAUAAUUAAGAAAAGCAAAAAAAAAUAUAAAAAAAUAUGGCUUGCUUCUCUUCCUGUAUCUUGUCUUCUGUCUCUCUUGGACACUGGAGUAGUCUGUAGCUGCGUUACCCUCCUUAUCCCUCCCCAAAACCCUUUUCUCUGAAUUGAGGGGUAAAAAAAGCUAAACUUUGUCUGAGCAGAAUGCAGUUAGCUCACAUGUUAUUCUUGUUUGUACGCUUCACAUUGUAUACCAUACCGAUCUCUUCAACUUCUCCAUUGAACAGUUAAUGUAAGUGAACAAGUUACACCGGUGGGCUCUUGGGGUGUGGCGAGGAGAGGGUCUGUGAGGGCGCCUAGUUUUUCAGUGGGAUGUAUUUGAUGACAUAUCACGUGGAGAUAAAAUACAUCUCGGAAUAUCCCUCUGAAUGGGCAAGGGGGCUGCAUGGCAACUGGGGUAGAAUAGGCAGGUUUGGUUAAUUCUUGUUAACCAUUUUUUUUUUACAGAAUUGAGUUUCGUAUCUUAUGCAGCAAUGCUACAUUGAGACCGUUUAAUAAUGCACCUUUCUAGAGGUUGUAUGAGACCAGCUAUUAAAACAAGUGAAAAAGGAUGUGAAAUUACUAAGCGUUCUUAUAACUGAAUGGUUCCAUCCCACGUAGACUGGCAGGCUCAGAUCCACAAUCAAGAGAACCGUUGCACCCAUUUACUAGAACCCCAAAUGAACAGUGAGAACAAUUACAGACUAAAGUCAUAUGUAGUAGACCGUUAAAGCACCUUGAAAUUCCACCAGCAAAAUCAAGAGCAGGCUUGAUAGAGGGCCUACUUGUUUCCUACAAGAAUAUGCAUGUUUUUAUUGUAAGUGAUUGAAGCCAGCAGCAGUAUUAGCCCUGACAAUUAAAGCGCCCCAGUCGAGAAGCGAGUGACAGGUUUCAGUGUGUGCUUUGCUUGGGCAGAACGUUAGUCCCUAGCCAUCUUUCCCUGCAGCACCAGAGUUCUGUCUCUCCCUGGCCACCCAUCUUUUUAUUUUCCUUCGGGUUUGUUUUUAAAAGUGCGUAGGGCCAUGUUUAGUGUUGUGUAGAGUGAACCCCCAGCUGGCCUUGCCCCGCACCCCCCUCAGUGCAGCUUCCCUCCCUCAGGAAUACACCUCCCAGAGCCCAUGGUGAAAUGCAUGUGUUAAUUACAGUUUCUUUUCCAUAAUAAUAAAAACAGUUUGAAAAGAGCAACACUUGAAUAAAAGGAUGUUUUUGACUGUAA